AUGCUGGUGGUGUGGGUACCGACGGUGCUGGUGCUGGGCUUCGUGAUCGCGCAGACCUGGAGCUCGGUGCACAUGUCCUGGGAGAACCGGGGGACGCAGCCGCACAUCGUCUUCAUCCUUGUGGACGACCAGGGCUUCAGGGAUGUGGGGUAUCACGGCUCCGAGAUUAAGACCCCCGCCAUAGACCGACUGGCCGCGCAGGGAGUGAAGCUGGAGAACUACUACGUGCAGCCGCUGUGCAGUCCGUCCCGCAGCCAGCUCAUGACAGGCAGGUACCAAAUCCAUACUGGCCUCCAACACUCCAUCAUCCGAGCCACCCAGCCCAACUGCCUGCCCCUGGAGAACGUCACCCUGCCCCAGAAGCUAAAGCAAGCCGGCUACACCACACACAUGGUCGGGAAGUGGCACCUGGGUUUCUACAAACGCGGGUGCUUGCCAACUCAGCGCGGCUUCGACACUUUCUUUGGCUCGCUGCUCGGAAGCGGAGACUACUACAGCCACUACAAAUGCGAAGGUACCGGGAUGUGCGGCUACGACCUGUACGAGGGCGAAGAGGCGGCUUGGGACCAGGAUCACGGAAUGUAUUCUACCAUGAUGUUGACAAGGAAGGCUAUCAGUAUCUUGGCUAACCACGAUCCCAACCAGAAGCCUUUAUUUCUCUACCUAGCAUACCAGGCAGUCCACUCUCCGCUCCAGGUUCCUGCACGCUACCUUGAACGCUAUAAGGGAAUCCCAAACUUGACGCGACGUAAAUAUGCCGCCAUGGUGUCUUGUCUCGACGAAGCCAUCCACAAUUUGACGAUGGCGUUGAAGCGUUAUGGUUACUACGACAACACAGUCAUAGUGUACUCUUCGGAUAAUGGGGGUCAACCGAUUGUUGGUGGAAGCAACUGGCCUUUAAGGGGAAGCAAGGCGACGUAUUGGGAAGGUGGUAUCAAGGCGGUCGGAUUUGUUCAUAGUCCGUUGUUGAUGAACAAGGGGACAAAAUGUCGGUCUUUGGUUCAUAUCACGGACUGGUUUCCUACCCUGGUUACUUUAGCGGAAGGUACCUUAGAAGAAGAUCUUAAUUUGGACGGGUAUGACGUUUGGGAAGCUAUCAGCGAAGGUCGACCAUCUCCUCGGCAAGAAAUUUUGCACAACAUUGACCCAAUUUAUAUCAAAGCUAAGAAUGGUUCUUGGAAAGCCGGGUAUGGGUUGUGGAAUACUGCGAUCCAGGCAGCUCUGCGGGUUGGUCAUUGGAAGCUGCUAACUGGGGUACCUGGGUAUAGCGACUGGGUUCCACCGCAAACGUUCUCGACGCAAAGAUUGACCAACCGCUAUCAUAACGAACGCAUCCGGUGGGACAGGGGUAAAUCUCUGUGGCUUUUCAACAUCACUGCCGAUCCGUACGAGCGCGUGGAUCUUUCUCAGAGGUACCCACACAUUGUCAAGAAGAUGCUAAUGCGGCUAGCACAGUACAACAAGACCGCAGUGCCGGUGCGCUACCCGGCGAAAGACCUCCGAUCCAACCCGCAAUUCAAUGGAGGGGUGUGGGGCCCGUGGUACAAGGAUGAAAAAGAUGAACAAGAGGAAGAAGACAUGAACAAUCAUCUGACAGAACUUUCAAGUAAAAAGCGGUGGAAGAAGAAAUUCAAACAUCGGAAAUUGAAGCGGCGAGUCGAGAAGUAA